UAUCAUUCUUCCUUUUUACCAUUUUCCCCUUUACCCCCACCCAAAGACUUUCAAAGUUGUAAGAAAAAAAAAAGUCACAAAUCUUGUCUCCAAAUUCAAACACAAUCAAAUUCCUCUUCAACACCCAUUAAAAAUUCAAUCUUUUUCCACCCAAAAAUAAAAAUUUCCCCCAAAAUUCCCGCUAGACCAGGUCCAAUCUACUCAUUCCCAUCAAUCCAUAUUUCCGAUUUCUCCCUUUUCUUCCAACUCCAAGCUCUCUCCUCUUUUAUCAUUCCAAUUCCUCCGGCCUUUUGUUUCCCUUCGUCACCCUACUUCUCUUACAAUCAUCCGGUUUCCGCCCUACGCCGGCUAAGCCUCUUUUCCUUCCCUCUCUUGCCUGAACGAUAUGACGUCGGUGAAGAAAGGUUUGCCGCCGGGCCUCGUGUCCAAUCUCCAGGAAGUUCUGAGCAGCAGAAAGGGUGGUGGCGCUGGCGAUGAGCAAUCGAAAGAUGGACCUUCUACUUCUUCUACUUCAGCUGAAAACACUGCGGCAGGGAAUGGAGAUGAUGACACCAGACCUAUUGUUUUGGUCACCAAUGGCGAUGGAAUUGAUUCCCCUGGUCUUCUCCUUCUCGUCGAAGCUUUGGUUCGUGAAGGAAGCUACAACGUCCAUGUCUGCGCCCCGCAAUUGGACAAAUCAGCUUCUGGUCAUUCUAUUACACAAGGGGAAACCAUAGCUGCAACGUCGUGUCAAAUUAGUGGUGCUACUGCAUUUGAAAUUUCAGGGACUCCUGUGGAUUGUGUCUCAUUAGCAUUGUCUGGAGCACUCUUUUCUUGGUCAAAGCCUGUGCUGGUCAUUAGCGGAAUUAACAAGGGAUCAAGCUGUGGUCACCACAUGUUUUACUCAGGUGUUGUUGCUGGAGCUAGGGAAGCAUUAAUAAGUGGUGUCCCAUCUCUAUCAAUCUCGCUUAACUGGAAGAAGGAUGCAAGCCAAGAAAGUGAUUUCAAGGAUGCUGUUGCUGUAUGUUUACCAUUGAUAAAUGCUGCUAUGAGAGAUAUCGAGAAGGGGGCUUUCCCCAAGAGUUGUUCCCUGAACAUACAAAUCCCUACUUCACCAUCUACGAACAAAGGUUUCAAACUUACUAAGCAAAGUAUGUGGCGAUCUACCCUUAACUGGAAUGCCAUUUCUGCAAACCGGCAUCCUGGUGUUGGAUACAUGUCUAAUCAACAAAGCCUUGGCCUACAGCUUGCCCAGCUUAGUCGAGAUGCCUCUGCUGCCGGAGCAGCACGUCGUGUUACCAAACAAAAUACGAAUUUGGAGAUUGAGUCGGUUGGGGCCUCUGGGAAAUCCGAAGUGAACAAAUUGAAAAAGUACUUCAGACUGGAGGUAUAUUACUUAUUUCCAAUGUCACAGACUCACAGUUACAGUUUUGGGCGGCUUUAGUGGUUAGACACAUGAAUGUCUUUCCAUAUCUUUGGCUUUAACAUCUGAUUAAAAGAACUACCUGCUCUUCUGCUGUCAGUUUAUCGAGAAGGAGCAAGAAGACAUAGAUGAGGACCUGGACUUCAGGGCCCUUGAAAGCGGAUUCGUUGCAGUAACUCCGUUCUCACUCUCACCACACAUUGCACCGGAAACGCAAACAGCAGCCUCGGCAUGGAUCUCUUCUGCACUUCAAGAGAGCCAGUGAAGGAAAAGGGGGCUUCUACUACAGAUACCAGUCAAUCUUUAUCAUCGCCACAUGAUUUUUUGUACACACAUUGACAGGUUAUAUAUAAAUUGAUUUGGUGCCAUUUUCUCAAUUCUGUCCCACUCUUGUUUUUGCUUCUUUUCAAUCUCUUCCUUAUUUCCCUCCAUUGAAAUUGUUCUGAUGCAAUUUGGGGGUCUGGCUUGUUCUUGUGUAGCCUUUUUUCUCUUCUUCCUCUUGGGAUACUAAUGUAAUCUAAAACCGUGGCAGCGGGGGGUCUUAAUUGAAUGCCCCCUCCUGCAUCACCACUUCCAUCUGUUUUUGUUUUUAUUUUUGGCUUCUUGUUAUGUAUUUGAUCAAAAUCUGAACUCAGAUUCUGGCAUUUAGAAUCCAUGUAUUCAAGUCUUCAAGGUGAUGAUUUUCAUGGCUACUGCUU